UUUUCCUCCUCGGCUGCUCCGGACACUUCGACUCCUCACGUUGUUGACGCGUCGCUUCGCUUCACACUUCUCACGCGGACCGGGAACCGGGACCUGCACCGGGGCUCUACUGUAAACCCGUCCGCCCGGGGGGGAGGAGAUGACAUGUCGGCGGCUCCGCUCUCAGCUGCCGUGGAUCGUUGCGAGCACUCGAAGCGACAGGAGCCGCUGAAGUUUCCUCGAUAACAAAGGGGCCCCGCUUCUCUGAACUUCUGCGGGACACUCGACGCCGUUUGUCCGCGAACAGAAUCAAACAACAACCCCGUAGUUGGAGGAUUUAAAAAUGCGACACCCGCUCACCUGGACUGUUAAAGGACCUGCAGCUUGGAGAAGAACCAUCUGAGUAAAACUUCUGUCCAGGACAACUUCGCUUACAUCCCCCCAAAAAAACCAGCCUUUCCGAUUGGAUCGAGCCAACUCAAUGUAAAGGGAUCGUCGGGUUACCAGCCACCAUGGAUAUCUUCCCCCGGCCCAGCGGUGAGAUCCAGAGGAGGAACCCCCAGCACGACUUCGAGCUCAUCCAGAGGGUGGGAAGUGGCACAUAUGGAGACGUGUACAAGGCUCGAAACAUAGCAACCGGAGAACUUGCUGCUGUGAAGAUCAUAAAGUUGGAACAAGGGGAUGACUUUUCCAUCAUACAGCAGGAAAUCUUCAUGGUGAAGGAAUGCAUGCACCACAACAUUGUGGCCUACUUUGGGAGCUACCUCUGUCGAGAAAAGCUUUGGAUAUGCAUGGAGUACUGUGGAGGAGGAUCUCUCCAGGACAUUUAUCAUGUGACAGGACCUCUGUCAGAGCUCCAGAUAGCAUACGUCUCCAGAGAGACCAUACAGGGUUUAGGAUAUCUGCACAGCAAGGGCAAGAUGCACCGGGACAUCAAGGGUGCCAACAUCCUUCUGUCAGACAACGGAGAUGUGAAGUUGGCUGACUUUGGAGUUGCAGCCAAAAUAACAGCCACCAUCGCCAAAAGGAAGUCCUUCAUCGGAACACCUUACUGGAUGGCUCCAGAAGUAGCGGCGGUGGAGAAGAACGGGGGCUACAACCAGCUGUGUGAUAUCUGGGCCGUUGGCAUCACGUCCAUAGAGCUGGCCGAGCUGCAGCCCCCGAUGUUCGACCUCCACCCGAUGAGGGCCUUAUUUUUGAUGUCAAAGAGUAGCUUCCAGCCGCCCAAACUAAAAGACAAAAACAAAUGGUCCACUGCCUUCCAUAACUUUGUCAAAGUGUCUCUGACAAAGAACCCGAAGAAGAGGCCCACAGCAGAGAAGCUUCUAUCGCAUGUGUUUGUGGGACAGACGGGUUUGACAAGGAGAGUGGCUGUCGAUCUCCUUGACAGGAUGAACAACCCAGACAACCAUCAGCCUUACAGCGAGGUGGACGAUGAUGACCUGGAGCCCCUCUCUGCCGUCAGACACACCAUCCGCUCCACCAAUAAACAAGCCCGAGCUGAGAGGACGCGCUCAGAGAUCGACUCAAACAAUGGGACACACCAAGGAGGGCCAUGCUCAAGUCCUAGCUUCACUGGGAGACACAGGGGGGACGAAGUCGACAAGGUCCAGUUUGAACCUCCACUCCGGAAGGAAACGGAGGCUCACUCUGAAAUGGAUGUGUGUAAAGAUAAUGACUUCCCUUCCCCCUGGAGUCCCUUCACAGAGGGAGGAAAAACAACCAGGGGACACAUGGCCCAUCUUGAGGACGCAUUUGAAGAAGUAGAGCUGUCAACUCUCAAGCCAGGACUUCCUCCUCCUCUGCCCCCAAAGUCUGCCCCUCAUUCCCAGCCCCGGCUCAACAGUUCGUCGGAGGAGAUCGGCCUCAACGAGGAGAGGUCGCUGACGGUGCGGAGGUUCCCUAACUCGGAGAACGGCCCGAGUCAGGCGGCUCGCAGACUGAGCACCCCCGAGCAGGGAAACAAGGUGGAGCACUCGUCUCCAGAUUUCCUCUCUGUCAGCGUCAGCAGCCCUGGGAUCCUGUCUCAUGCCUCUGAUCCUGAUAAUGACUCGGACGGCAGCGUGAAUGGAGGCAGUCCCCAGCCACCACCCAACCAGCAGCAUCGGAAAGAGAAGAAGGAAUUCCCUAAACCAGCCAUCAACGGGCUGCCACCCACUCCCAAAGUACUGAUGGGAGCCUGCUUCUCUAAAGUGUUUGAUGGUUGCCCGCUGAAGAUCAACUGUGCCACAUCGUGGAUUCAUCCAGACACCAAAGAUCAGUACCUCAUCUUUGGGACAGAGGAUGGAAUCUAUACGCUGAAUCUUAACGAGCUCCAUGAAGCUACGAUGGAGCAGCUGUUCCCGAGGAAGUGCACAUGGCUGUAUGUUAUCAACAACAACCUGAUGUCUUUAUCUGGGAAAACCUUCCAGCUGUAUUCCCACAACCUCAUCGGGCUGUUUGAGCAGCUGAAGAAGCCGGGGCUCGCUGCUCAGUUCCAGACUCAUCGCUUCCCAGACAAAAUUUUACCCAGGAGGUUUGCCUUGACAACUAAGAUCCCAGACACAAAGGGCUGUCACAAGUGUUGCAUUGUGAGAAACCCGUACACAGGCCACAAGUACCUGUGUGGAGCGCUGCAGUCUGGGAUCGUCCUGUUGCAGUGGUAUGAGCCCCUGCAGAGGUUCAUGCUCAUCAAGCAUUUCGACUUCCCUCUUCCCAGCCCCCUGAAGGUGUUUGAGAUGCUGGUGGUGCCGGAGCAGGAGUAUCCUCUGGUGUGUGUGGCCAUUAGCCUCGGCACCGAGCCGGGUCAGGUGGUCCGCUUUGAGACCAUCAACCUCAACUCCUGCUCCUCCUGGUUCACAGAGAUGGGAACAACGAAUCAGCAGGUGGAUGCGAUCCACGUCACCCAGCUGGAGAGAGACACAGUGUUGGUGUGUUUGGACCAAAAUUUGAAGAUUGUUAAUCUCCAGGGCAGAUUGAAGUCCAACAAGAAGCUGGCGUCUGAGCUCAGCUUUGACUUCUGCAUUGGAUCUGUUGUGUGCCUUCAGGACAGUGUCCUGGCCUUCUGGAAACACGGCAUGCAGGGAAAGAGUUUCAAGUCCAAUGAGGUGACCCAGGAGAUCUCUGAUCCAAGCAGAGUCUUCCGUCUCCUCGGAUCCGACAGGGUGGUGGUUCUGGAGAGCCGACCCACCGACAACCCCACGGCCCUGAGCAACCUCUACAUCUUAGCAGGUCACGAGAACAGUUACUGAUCCGUCAACGCGGACUGGACAGGUCUUAGAGAAGAAUAAGAUGCCUCUUGUUUUUGGGAGAAUCUUUUGUUACUGAUGGUGGGAUCGGCAGGUCAGUAAAAAGGGGGCGGGGCGUCUUCCGACUGGGCCCAUGAGCAGCCUUACACCAGCAACUGUAGCUCCCACCAGAAAACUGUUCUGAAUACAAACCCGUUGUUAUUUUCCUUACUCAUCUGUACUGUGGACUGAUAGGUCAUCUAGAGAAUGAGAAACAAGUGCCAUGAUUAAAAAAAAUUCACAAGGAUUUUUGUGAUUGUAUUAAAACGAUGGGAGAUUCUUGGUGUUAACGUCUGAAACGUGUCACAUGAUCACCGCCGGGCUCGAGGAGAGUUUUUUUUUUACAACUUUCCUAGUCAAACUUAUUGACCCAGUUUAAACAGAACCUCAUGAGCCGUGUGGGUUAUUUAAGCAAUAUUUAUUAACCUCAUGUUCAGUGAUGUGUUGGAUUGACAGACCGUGUGAGGAUUAACUACCUAGUUCCCGAGCAGCUUCUGGUUAUUUUCUACCGCUAUGUAAUAAAGCCGCUUUAUCUCUCCUGCUCUGCUGCAUUUUUUUUUUUUUUUUUUUUAGAAAAUGGACAUAAUGUACAUGUGUUUUUUUUUCCCCCUUUACCCUGCUCUCUUUUAUAGACCUUUUAAUUCUCAUUAUUUGCACCAUGUAAGCACUUUUGUACAUUUUUUUUAAUUUAAAAUAAAAAUGACAAAAUGAGGGACGAUGCUAGGUUUUGUUAACAUCUGUCCAUUCCCUUCGCCAGCUGUUCGAUGUAUGCUGUUUUUGUAAUAAAAAAACGCUGUUGUUAACAAGAA